AUGCACUCCCGCCUGGGGGUGCUGAGACUGGCGGUGCCGAGCCUGGGGGAGCUGAGACUGACCGUGCUGCGCCUGGUGGCGCUCCCUCUUCACAGCAUCUGCGUGAGUGGUACUCUCAGCGUUGCAGCCUCCAGCGUGGGGCUGCUAGAGCUGGGGGUUCUGCCAAAGUUGGAGUUGGUGGUGCUGCGGGUGCUUUGUCGCGGCCGGAGCCUCCCUCCCCACAGCGGCUGCGUGAGUGGUACGCUCGACGCUGCAGUCUCCGGAGCGGCGCUCCUAGCACUGGGGUGCCGCCCGCUGGAGGCCCUGGUGCUGCUGGAGGUACUGGAGCCUCUCGUCCUGGAGGUGCUCGUACAGGCGGUCCUGGAGCUGCUGGGACUGGGGGUUCUACUAGAACUGGAGCUGGAGCUACUGGAGCUGGUGCUACUGGAGGUGCUGCUGGUGCUGGAGCUGCUAGAGGUGCUGCUGGUGCUGGAGUUGGAGUUGGAGGUGCUGGAGCUGCUGGAGCUGCCGGUGGAGCUGAGGCCGCUGGGCCUACUGGAGCUGGUGUAG